ACAAGAGGAGGUGCUCAGCACAUAUGAAGGGAACCCUUCUGAACACGGUGCAAAGCAUCCAGGAGCAACAACCAUGGAGGCCUAUGUGGAAAUGAACACCAAGGGGAGGAUGCCGAUCUUGGGGCUGGGGACCUGGCAGGCACCGCCUGGAAAAGUGGAAGAAGCCAUUAAGCUUGCCAUCGAUCUUGGGUACCGCCAUAUUGACUGUGCAUACCUGUACAGGAAUGAAAAUGAAAUCGGCAAUGCUAUUCAGCAGAAAAUCAAAGAAGGGGCAGUGAAACGAGAAGACCUCUUCAUUGUCAGCAAGCUAUGGUGCACAUUCCAUGAAAAAUCCCAGGUGAAGGUAGCAUGCCAGAAAACCCUCGCUGCUUUGAAGUUGGAUUACCUGGAUCUCUACAUCAUUCACUUUCCCAUGGGUUUCAAGGCUGGAGAUGACCUGUAUCCUCUAGAUGAACACGGCAAGGUUAUUCCCAGUAACACUGACUUUCGGGACACCUGGGAGGGAAUGGAAGACCUGGUGGAUGCAGGCCUGGCGAAAGCAGUUGGGAUCUCUAACUUUAACUGCGAGCAGAUAGAAAGACUCUUGAACAAGCCUGGGUUAAGGUACAUACCUGCAAAUAACCAGAUUGAAUGUCACCCGUACCUUACCCAGGAAACUCUGAUUAGUUUCUGCCUUUCCAAAGGGAUCACCGUGUGUGCUCACAGCCCCUUCGGCUCACCAGGAAACCCCCUGAGUACCCUUGGGAAAACAGGCUAUACUUCUCUUCUUAAUGACCCUACAGUGAAGAAAAUUGCAGACAAGCACAACAAAACACCUGCCCAGGUCCUGCUUCGAUUCCACAUCGAGAGAAACGUGCCUGUGAUUCCAAAGACGGAUAAACCACACCACCUCAAGGAGAACCUUCAGGUGUUUGACUUCAAACUGAGUGAUGAAGACAUGAAAACACUCUUAUCUUUGAACAAGCAGUUGAGAGUCUAUUCAAUGCCUGCGUGUACUGAACACAAGGAUUAUCCCUUCCACGGAAACCGGCUGCGGCGCUCGUGUGAAAGCGGCCUUCUUCUAACCCCACCAGGCCCGGCCAACGCGCAAGGGAGCCCGCAGGCCAAGCCGGCCGCUUUCCCUUUGCCCGCAGCCAACCAGAGGAGCGGCUGGCCGGGGAGGAGCCAGGCCCCGGAGACGCCGGCCGGGCUUGCUCUUGCGGGGCCCGGCCGGAGCAUGGCCGCGUACGUGGAGCUGAGCACCCGGGCGAAAAUGCCUAUCUUCGGGCUGGGCACUUGGCAGGCUCCUCCUGAAAGAGUAGAAGAGGCUGUGAAACAUGCCAUUGACCUCGGAUACCGCCACAUAGACUGUGCCCACUUGUACCAGAACGAGGAAGGAAUUGGGAAUGCUGUCCAGCAGAAAAUCAAGGAAGGAGUUGUGACGCGGGAGGACCUUUUCAUUGUUAGCAAGCUGUGGUGUAAUGCCCAUGAGAAAUCCCUGGUGAAGAAAGCAUGCCAGACCUCCCUGGCUCAUCUGAAGCUAAGCUAUUUGGACCUCUACCUCAUCCACUUCCCCAUGGGAUUCAAGGCUGGAGAGGAUUUCAUGCCUAAGGACGAGAAGGGUAUGGUAAUCCCCAGUAACACGGACUUCCUGGACACCUGGGAGGCAAUGGAGGAGCUGGUGGACUGUGGGCUGGUGAAAGCCAUUGGGAUCUCCAACUUCAACCAUGACCAGAUUGAGAGGCUGUUGAGGAAGCCCAACUUAAAGUUCAAGCCUGUGAAUCACCAGAUUGAGUGCCACCCGUACCUUACCCAGGAGAAGCUGAUCCACUAUUGCCAGUCCAAAGGGAUCUCUGUGACUGCCUACCGUCCUUUUGGCGCUCACACCCUUAAUCCUGGGGACCCGAUCCUUUUGGAGGAUCCCAAGGUUAGAGAGAUCGCUGCGAGGCACAACAAGAGCCCAGCUCAGGUUCUCAUCAGGUUUCACAUCCAGAGGAAUGUAGCUGUCAUUCCCAAAUCAGACAAACCGCACCGGCUGGAGGAGAAUUUCAAGGUCUUUGACUUUGAAUUGACAAAAGAGGAGAUGGAGACCCUCCUUGGCAUGAACAAGAACUGGCGGGACUGCACGAUGUUCUACUGUGUCAAUCACAAAGACUACCCCUUCCAUGCCGAUUAUUAGGACUGCACUGGCCCCAGAAACUUCAGCUACGGGAAAGGCGGAGGAAUUCUCUCACUGUACAGUUGGGUUAGCUGAUCCUGUCUUGUGUAUACGUGUGUUGUAGGGGCAGGGGGUGGAGUUCAAGCAGCUAAAACAUGUUUGUGGACCAACAACCCGUCACUCAGCCCUGUCGCUUAGGAUUGUUUUUGAAAACUUUUAAUGUAUAAUUUAACUUAAUAGGAAUUAAAUAACUUAGUAUCAUGGCUGUCCUCAGUAGAUUCAUCUGCGUAUACUCCAGUGUGUAAUAGCUGAUGCCUGUAAAGGGCUGCCCAGGCACAGCCUCUCUCAGGACUGGUUUGAAGGAAAUAAGAACUGUGCAAAGUCUGCAGCUCCUGGUCCCCUGGGAUGGCACAGCUGAGCUGCACAAAGGGAUUUAAGCGCCUUGGGCAGAAGGAGGAACAGAAAUCAGGUUUGAGGAGUGUGAUCCUAGUGGACAAAGAAGUGUGUCUCUAGGAUUUGUAAGAACCGCCACCUCCUACAUGGCUUUGUGUACUCCAUGUCCCCAAAACAAGGGGCAGACAACGUAUUUCGCGCAAAUGAGGGGCAAUGACGCCCCAAGAGACGUUGUUAAUAAAAAUAAGCUGUUUUAUUAAUUAAAAAUUUGGGAGGGGGAGUGCUGUGGUUCAUUUCACCAACUGUGGAAUCCAAGGAGGCUCACAAACAUGGCUGUGGCUCCCAGUGGUGGGAGAUGCAGCUGGAUACAUGUACACAAAAGUAUGAUUUGGAGGAGAAAGGGUGAAGCACACCCCCUCCCCUUCCCCACUCAAAAUUGCAUCUCCGGAAGCUGCUUUUUGGCUAUCUCUGCAUACAUCUGUGUGUAAUGGGCAGUUUCACCCCAACGGUAGAGACAUGCCAAAACUGCUGCAGAGAAGGGGGGGAAAGUCUGGAGGGCCAGAACCCCAAGCCAUAGUCCCCACCACCACCAUCGUUGACUCCAGGCAUGGAUCAGCCUACCUGCCUAUUGCAUUCUCCCACCCUUCCAAGGAAAGGGUAUGGUUUGGAAAGGAGAGGGGGAGGAGGUAGGCCUGUAUCUCUGUAGAACGCAGGUGGAGAACGUGUGUGACUUUUUGCACUGCAUCAAAAACACCCUGAUAUGGGAGCUUUCCACCAGCAAGGAGUUUGUGACCCUGGGGGUGCCAUUCCACCAUGAAAUCUCCCACCAGCUUUCUAAAGCAUGGUUGUCCCUCGUGUAUUUUUCUCAAUGCGGGAAGAGUGGCACAGAGGGUUUUUAAGGUGCAUGGAAAGGCAGUGUCCAGACACCAACAAGCCACAUUCUCCAAGCUCCACUGCUAUGAGGUCCCAACCCAGCUACGUCGGUUUUUGGAUCCUAUCUGCUACGCUCUUAUGCUCUCCGCUGCAAGCACAGGAGUUGGCUGAUGAUGACCCCUCCCACCCAAGCAGGCAGCAUUUCCAAUGGAUGGAGGCAGCCGUAUGCGCAAGGCCCAACUGGAUCGAGUCGUGUAUUCUUCAAAAAUAAGACACCAGCUCAAC